AUGAAUACGGUUGCAAUUGAAGACCUGGAGCAUAUCUUAAAUGAGGUGAAGACCCACAUCCUUUCUUCUCCUCCUGAUCCAUCUCCUAUGAGGACAAUGGCUGGGGGCAAUGUUGCCAAUACUAUUUGAGGACUCUCUGCAGGCUUUGGGGUCAACUGUGGAAUACUGAGCGUGUGGGGAGAUGAGCAAGACGGCUUGUUUGUAAGUAACAUGGGCUCUAGUGGAGUGAACUUUUCAGCAUUGAGGAUAAAGAAAGGGCCAACAACUCAGUGUGUUUGCCUGGUUGAUGCAUUGGGCAAUCAUACUAUGCGGCCCUGUCUCUCAAGUGUUGUUAAGAUUCAGGCAGAUGAAUUAACUAAAGAGGAUUUUAAAGGGGUAAAGUGGUUGGUAAUGAGAUAUGGGAUAUAUAAUUUGGAAGUUAUUCAUGCUGUAAUUCAGAUGGCCAAAGAGGAGGGCAUAUUUGUAUCCUUGGAUUUGACCAGUUUUGAGGUAUGA